CGCUCGGCCAGUGCGGAGUUCCCGACCCGCUGCCUGCCCACUGAGUUCUCUGCGCCCGCGCUGCCCGCUGGACGAGGAGACGCCAGUGCGGUGCUGAUUGGAGGCUUGCGGAGGGCACCUGACACCAGCUCUGCACCAGGCCCAGGCUGUCCUGUCACCAAGUUGCUGCUGCAGGGGCAGAACCAUGAGUGGUGUCGCGAGUGGCCUCGCCUCCCUGGGGCUGGCCCUGCUGGUCUGCGGAGCCCAAGGCUUCUUCCUGCCCAACGUCACCCACCUGGAGAGCCUGCUCAGCAGAUACCAGCAGACGGAGCCGCACUCCCGCGCCCGGAGGGCCAUCCCCAGGACAGACCGAGAGGAGAUCCUCAUGCUUCACAACAAGCUGCGGGGCCAGGUGCACCCCCCGGCCUCCAACAUGGAGUACAUGACCUGGGACGAAGAGCUCGAGAGGUCAGCGGCGGCCUGGGCGGAGGAGUGCCUCUGGGAGCACGGCCCCGCCAACUUGUUGGUGUCCAUCGGGCAGAACCUGGCCGUGCACUGGGGCAGGUACCGCUCUCCGGGCUUCCACGUGCAGUCCUGGUACGAUGAGGUGAAGGACUACACCUACCCCUACCCCCACGAGUGCAACCCCUGGUGCCCGGAGAGGUGCUCGGGGGCCAUGUGCACCCACUACACGCAGAUGGUCUGGGCCACCACCACCAAGAUCGGCUGUGCCGUCAACACCUGCCGGAGGAUGAACGUGUGGGGCGACAUCUGGGAGAACGCCGUCUACCUCGUCUGCAACUACUCUCCAAAGGGGAACUGGAUCGGAGAAGCCCCCUACAAGAGCGGCCGGCCCUGCUCCGAGUGCCCGCCCAGCUACGGAGGCAGCUGCAGAAACAACCUGUGCUACCGAGAGGAGACCUACGUCCAGAAACCCGAGACAGACGAGAUGAACGAGGUGGAAACGGCCCCUGUCCCUGACGAGAAGCACGUCUGGGUCCAGCCGAGGGUGGUCAGACCCACGAAGCCCAAGAAAACCCCCGCGGUCAAAUACAUGACCCAGGUCAUCGGCUGUGACACCAAGAUGAAGGACAAGUGCAAGGGGUCUACGUGCAACAGGUACCAGUGCCCAGGAGGCUGCCUGAGCCACAAGGCAAAGAUCUUCGGGUCCGUGUUCUAUGAAAGCUCGUCCAGCAUAUGCCGGGCCGCCCUCCACUCCGGAGUCCUCGACGACAAAGGAGGCCUGGUGGACAUCACCAGGAACGGGCAGGUACCCUUCUUCGUCAAGUCUCAGAAACACGGCGUGGAGUCUUUGAGCAAAUACAAGCCCUCCAGCUCAUUCAUGGUGUCCAAAGUGACAGUGCAGGACGUGGACUGCUACACCACCGUGGCUCAGCUCUGCCCGUUUGAAAAGCCGGCCUCCCACUGCCCGAGAGUCCGCUGUCCUGCGCGCUGUAGGGACGAGCCGUCCUACUGGGCCCCCGUGGUUGGCAGCAACAUCUACGCAGAUAAGUCCAGCAUCUGCAGGACAGCUGUGCACGCAGGCGUCAUCGGGGAUGAGAGCGGCGGGUACGUGGACGUGAUGCCCGUGGACAAGAAGAAGGCCUACGCGGGCUCGCUCAGGAACGGGGUACAGUCUGAGAGCCUGAGCUCGCCCGGGGACGGGAAGGCUUUCCGGAUCUUUGCCGUCAGGCAGUGACCUCUCACCACGGGGACACGGGCGUCUGCAGCAGGGCUUCGCGGUUUUGCUUUGGUUUUGACUUUGUCGUCUGGGGUCGGGUGGGGUGGGAGUGCAGAGAGCCAGGCAGCGUCUGUGGAUGGCGUUCAGGGCCCCGCCCUCCGUGGCCUUGGCCAGGGUGGGACCCCUCCUCUGGAGCAAGGCCUCCCGGGGCUGUUUGCUCAGCAGUUAGGCCUGGGGCCUCUCCCCCUCCAGGGGACAGUGCCAAGGUGCUCUGGUCACGUUCCUCUGUGGGUGGAGGGGAGGACCCUGAGCUCUAGAGAGACAGAGGGUCCAGAGCUGGAGAUGGAGGUUGGGGGCGUGGGGCGGUCAGGGAGCAGGCGCAGGGAGUCUGGGAAACGGGGUAUAAAGUAGUUAUUUAAAAAUAAAAAAGCACAGUCCGUCCCUAACAUGGAGGAAAGUGGGCUUAGUGUUUGCUGGUCAGACAAGUGCGCUGGGCAGGCGGGAGCCUGCUGCUGGCCCUGGAGGCGCCCGCGGCCCGCAGUCCUGGGGACCGAGUGCCCAGCAGUGCUGGUGCCUUAGACCUCAGGGCCCAGAGGUUUGUGUCCUCACUGCUUCGUCCCUGUGGCCCGUCUGUUUUCCGCUGUGACCUUUGGUCUCGUUGAGGACUGAUGACCAGGACCCCCCCCUCCCCUCUGCCCGCGCCUCUACCGCCCCUGGCUGGCCUCGGGGCUCUCGCUGGCAGGCAGUCCCGCGGGGCCACUCCUCUGAACUCCAGGCUGGGUGCCACUUCUUAAAUGACCGUGCGACGUGCCGGCCCCCAUCUUCACUGACCUAUUAAAAAAUAGGUCAGCAGCAGGAGGAACGGAUUCCUGGGCACAUUCCUCACCGAGUUAGCGGCUCUGCUUGUGGCCGCGACCCCAUCCGGCCGUGGACAGCAGAGGGACGGCAGGGCCCAGAGGUGCCUCCUUUCCUGUUUGUGGGGCGUGUCCUGCCAGAGGUCCCCAGGCUCCCGGGCGUGUGGUGCGCGGGCGUCCAUCACUUGUAAAAGGUCUUCCUAAACCAGGCCAGCAACCCUCGGUGAAACGAAAUCCCCGUAAAUAGCGUUUCUCAGUAGAAGGUAAAAUCCCACCCCCUGCAGUGGGCCGGCCGGCGCCUACUUUUGUGAGCCCUGGUUGCAAAUUUGACUCCGCUCUCCAUCAAAAUAUGUCCUAGGCAAAAUGACGAGCAGAACGUUUAAAAAUAAAAUAGCUCUGCCUGGGGACCCCGGGCGCCUUUCCUGUUUCCUAAUUAAUGCGGAAACUGAAGGUUAAAGGAUUGGGACACCUUCAGGGGUCUGUGAGAGCAGUCGCACUCGUGGCCUGACGCACGGCACCUGGCCCGUGUCUCCCUCUCCCCACGUGGUGCAGGGAGGGGGUUGUCAGCCUGUUGGGUAGUAAGUCUAGAUCCCACCUGGCGCCUGGGGACCUCUCGAUGCAAAGUGCGCCCUGCCCGCUGGCUGUGGCGAGGUCACCGCUGCAGGGACAGUCGGAUCGCUUGCUGGGUCUUGGAAUCGGUGGACACUCCCGGGGGGACCCGGUGGUUUGCUUCUGGGGUGUUCACCCACGGGAGUGGAGGCUUCCAGUGUGAUUGGCCCCACAGCCCUGGACCCCUCCUGCCUCCUGGCCAGCCUCCAACCGGAGGAGUGUCCUCCCAGGGCCACACCUGGCCAUCUUCUUCCCCAGGACCAUUUUGAAACUGGAACCAUUUUUUCCCCCAGAAAAUGGGAAUAAGACACCAAGGAUAAGCCCCUGUGUUCGGGGACCACCUCUACCUGCGGUCAGCAGUGCCAGUGCCUUCAGCACAGCUGUGUCCGGAAGAUGGUGCCCAGCCGGGGCAUCGCUGGGCCUCCUGCCCCACAAACGUCUGCACUCGCUUCAGACUCUCGCCCCCUGUGCUCCGAGGGCAGCGGGCCCCCUAUUAUCUGUAGGCUCACGCAGCCCGCAGUUGACGUGUGUGCUUUUUUCUAUGAAAAACGAUGUAUUUUACUACUUCCUGUGUACAAAAGUUCAUUGUGAAUGUUUUCUGUGCUUUGCGUGAACACGGGCCACUGUGUCGUUGCUGUUAUUUCAAUAAAAUUGGUUUGAUUUCUAA